CAAGUUUUCAUUUUUUCGCCUUCCUUUGUCACUUCUCCUUCUCCUGUUUUACUGAACCAAAACACUCAACAUAUUUUAGCGUACUGUUCGGAUUGCUCCGCGGGCAGCAGGCAACGACAUAUACGUGACAUUCGAGAAAAAAAAAACAUUUUUCCAUAAAUCUUCAGCAUAAGAAUCUUUCGACUACCAACGCGACUGCUGGUCGUCGCUGGUGCUGCGUUAGCCAUCAUUAUUAUUUGAAACCGAAGGCAAUCGAGAAGUUUUUCCGAUUUGCUGUCAUAACAAAGAGAAAAGCAAUUCGGAAAGGCCACUACCAGCAGUCAAGCAGCACAAGCAGUGGGGGUUUUAUUUUCAUUUUUCGCACCCCGAAAAGUGGACUAAAAGUGAAUUUUCUGAUAUAGGGUUUGAUUUGUUUUUGACGAACGGAAUCUCAGUUACGGUUCCGUGAAGCACGCUUAGGGUAGUUUUUGCAUUUCGUGGUGAUAUUUGCGUUUUCGACAUUGCAUUUAUUUGUGUUGUUUUGUGCAGCUAGAAAAAAAAAUGGAACGAAGCAUUGGACGGCAAGGACCGAUGAUGUCCCCGGGAAUGUCGAGGCGACCCGGUGGAAUGCUUCCUCGGGAUAGUUAUCAAACACAUUCGUAUCAUCAGCAACAGCAGCAGCAGCAGCAAACUAGCCCACAUCAACAUCACCAACAGCAGCAGCAGCAGCAGCCAUCACAACAGCUAGUGCAGCAAUCACCAAGUCAAUUCCAGCAUUCUCAGCACGACGAGCUGAUACGAUACAUCAACGAGGCAUGGAAUAGCAUUAUGCAAGACAAAAGUCAAACCCCGCCAGUAUUCUACAAGGGUGUACCUGAGCCACGGUUGGCCAGUUUCACCCCGUUCGAUCUGGAAGCAUGGUGGGGCCGACGGUUGGUACACAAGAUCAACAUCUCCACCCACGGUCAUCAGUGAACUGGGAACGCACUAGUGCAUGUCAAUAAACCGGAAGCAAAAAAGUCGAACUACGUCUGUCUCAACCCGCAGCAGGGGGUGAAUUAAACAUAAUAUAGAUAUAUCAGACCGAACAGAUACACGGAAAUGAGAGCGUUCGUCGCCGCAUUCAAGCAACAUAUUCAAACCCACACAAAGUUUCAUUUUUAUUCGCCAAAAACAGCUUUCCUUAUUGUGGUAUUAUUCUUGCGGGAUAAGGGGAUUUAACUUGGCUAUAUUAUGUUAACAAUCGGAAAUCAGUUAUCUCUAAAUCGAGAAAUAGCUGGUAGAAGAAAUAGCAAAAAUCUUUGUUUGCGAGAUAUGCCCCAUACCAGGAUAUGUCAUUUUAUUGCAAAUUAUAUGGAAAACAAACAAAGUAAUUGUGAAUACUGCAAAACAAUAAAAAAGAUUGUUUUUUAUUUGUUUGUUUUUUUUUUUUUUAUUUUCAACUCCCGCGCAUCUUUGUAACAUAAAACUACGGAUGAAUUGAAAAUAUAAUAAAUAGCAUGGGUCAAACAGUCUAA